GUCCAAGGUAACAUGGUCGAAUGGCCACGUUAGCAUCCGCUGUUGCCACUCUCACUCGUGUAUCAUCUUCUUCUUCUUCCUCUUGCUAUUCCAGGUUGAUCUCCCCUCACAGUUUACACCAUUUCAGCACAAAGCUUCUUCUCUCCUCCAAAACCCUGCAUCAACGACACCGUUUCUGCUGCUACAACUCCAGUAAGGGAAUGUCUUCUUCAACAGACACCACCACCGACUCCGACAGAGUCACUGCUCCCUAUGGUUCUUGGAAGUCACCCAUCACCGCCGAUGUUGUCUCCGGCGCUUCCAAGAGGCUCGGUGGCACCGCCGUCGAUGGCAGCGGCCGCCUCAUUUGGCUUGAAUCUCGUCCAAACGAAUCAGGAAGGGCAGUUCUUGUUCUUGAGCCGGAAAAUCCGGGUGGUGACCCUGUGGAUAUUACUCCUAAGGAGUUUGGAGUGAGGACAUUGGCUCAGGAGUAUGGUGGUGGUGCUUUCACUGUUUCAGGGGAUACUGUCUUUUUUGCAAACUACAAGGAUCAGAGAUUGUACAAGCAAUCAAUCACUUCUCUGGAUGUGCCUCCUGCACCUCUCACUCCAGAUUAUGGUAGCCCUGUAGUUAGCUAUGCUGAUGGAAUAUUGGAUUCACGGUUUAACCGUUUUAUUAGUGUAAGGGAAGAUCGUCGCGAGAGCAGUCUAAAUCCACCUACAACAAUUGUAUCUAUAGCACUUGGCAGCAAGGAUGUUCAGGAACCAGAAGUACUAGUUGGCGGGAGUGACUUCUAUGCUUUCCCACGUCUAGAUGCUAAAAGUGAAAGAAUAGCUUGGAUACAAUGGAAUCACCCCAACAUGCCAUGGGAUAAAUCAGAACUUUGGGUUGGCUAUAUUUCAGAAAACGGAGAGAUCUACAAGCGUGUCUGUGUUGCGGGGUGUGAUCCUUCACUUGUGGAGUCUCCAACUGAGCCCAUGUGGUCCCCCGAUGGUGAUCUUUUCUUCAUCACAGAUAGGGGAAAUGGUUUUUGGAAUCUCCAUAAAUGGAUUGAAUCUGAGAAUAAGGUCUUGCCGGUUUAUUCUUUGGAUGCUGAGUUUGCAAGGCCACUGUGGGUUUUCGGUAUGAAUUCUUAUGAUUUUGUUCAGAGCCAUAAACAGAGAAACUUAAUUGCUUGUAGCUACAGGCAGAAGGGGAUGUCAUAUCUUGGAAUUAUUGAAGAUGUGCAGGGCUCAAAACCAACUGUGCUUGACAUCCCUUUCACCGAUCUUGAUAACAUUACUUCUGGUAAUGAUUGCCUAUAUGUGGAAGGAGCAUCUGCAGUUCUUCCAUCAUCUGUGGCCAAGGUCACUUUAGAUGAUGAUAAAUCAAAAGCAGUUGAGUUCCGUAUUAUUUGGUCUUCCUCACCAGAUUGUUUGAAGUAUAGUUCAUACAUCAGUAAGCCAGAGUUGAUUGAAUUCCCAACUGAAGUUCCUGGUCAAAAUGCGUAUGCAUACUUUUAUCCCCCAUCUAAUCCUAUGUACCAAGCCAGUCAUGGAGAAAAGCCUCCAUUAUUAUUGAAGAGCCAUGGAGGACCAACUGCUGAAUCACAUGGAAUUUUAAAUUUGAGCAUUCAGUACUGGACUAGUCGGGGUUGGGCAUUCGUUGAUGUUAAUUAUGGUGGAAGCACUGGUUAUGGCAGGGACUACCGAGAACGGCUUUUGGGACAAUGGGGAAUAGUUGAUGUCAAUGACUGUUGUAGUUGUGCCAAAUAUUUGGUUGACAGUGGAAAGGUAGAUGCAGAGCGGCUGUGUAUAACAGGGGGCUCUGCCGGUGGGUAUACCACCUUAGCCGCACUUGCUUUUAAGGAAACUUUUAAGGCUGGUGCUUCUUUGUAUGGUGUAGCUGACGUGAACAUGUUGACAGCAGAGACUCAUAAGUUUGAAUCCCAUUACAUUGAUAAGUUAGUUGGAGGUGAGAAGAAUGGCUCUGAAAGAUCCCCGAUCAAUCACGUUGACAAAUUUUCUUGUCCCAUUAUUUUAUUUCAAGGAUUGGAGGACAGGGUUGUGCUACCAGAACAAGCUCGCAAGAUUUACCAGGCUGUGAAGGAAAAAGGUGUGCCAGUUGCUCUUGUUGAGUAUGAAGGAGAACAGCAUGGUUUCCGAAAGGCUGAGAACAUAAAGUUUACACUCGAACAACAAAUGGUCUUCUUUGCAAGAUUGAUUGGCCACUUCAAUGUUGCUGAUGAUAUUAAUCCCAUCAAAGUUGACAAUUUCGAUUAAGAAUGGCUUUUCAGUGGUGUUGGUGUUGGCUUUCUUUACAUCUAUGUCAACACAAGUCCCAAGAAAUCUUUGUUCUCAAAUUCCAUCACUGCUUUGGAGGAUUUCAGGAAGUUUCUGUUGGAAAUUAUUGCACUUAUGAGCGGCUCCUGCAACAACAGCACGAACUGCCCGAUAGCCUAGUAGACCCUCUGUAAGGUCCAUGUUAAUGCUUAUUGCCAAGAGUGUGCAGAGUUUCUACAACAGUUUCUAAAAUCUUGAUCAGGGCUCAAUUUAGACUUGAAUCUUGUUUUUCAGUUAUGAUUUUUAUAUUUUGAACCUGAACCAUGGAUACAUCACGUUUGUUUUCUGUAGUAUCUGUCUUGCACAGAAUGUAAUGAUAUAAACCAUAAUGCUUUGGGGUUAAGGUCUUUAUUAUGCUGCAUGAAAGUCUCCUGUUUUGUUA